UGAUCAAGAAUACACUUUUGCUAUGGAGUUGCAUUUAAGUUUAUAUAAUAGAUAACCCAAAAACUAAAUGGGAAUUUGCAUGGGUUUAUGAAAUUUCACCAUUACGAUACAUUCUUUGUUGUCCAGCUAGCAGCUUAAAGCCCAUUUGAGAUUUUAGCUGCAAUUUCCAAAACUGCAAAAAAUUGCAGACGAAAAAUUGCAGCCUGGGUAUUCAAACAGGAAACAUUUAACCAGUUGAGGAAGGUAGUAGCCAAUCUUAUGAGAUAGGUAUUAAAUGGGGUACAGGAAAAGCCUUCAUUACAAUGGAAAGCUGAAAUCAAAUACUUUGAAGUUUUUGAAUUAUAUGGGCACAAGGGAGCAACAGAUAGCUGAAAAUGCAUGUAGAGUGGCCAGUUGUUGUUUAUAGCAUGGUAUGGAUAUUGGUUUAGAAAUGCAGAAUGGAAAGGAAAAAAGAAAAAAUUUAUUGAUAUGACAGGCGGUCAGGAUUCUCAGCUGUCAUGAAGCUUUUCAAUCAUUUUCGAAGGCCUUUGGGAACUUGGAAGUGCUAUGAUUACAGUAGAGGUACUCUUAUACCGUGCUUCACUCUGUUAAAUUUUAGCUCUUUUGCUCUUGAAGUAAAUCCGAACGAAAUUGAACAUGUUUAUACCAACGAAGGGAAUGGAAAUACAAAUACAUUAGAUGUGCACAAGCAAAAGCAAUUGGAUGUUAUUUCAGAGGUUUUAGGACUUUUAGGCAACCCAAACACAAUCAUUAGUGGAGAUCCCCACAUGUAUUCUUCUUUGCUACAGGACUGCAUUAAAACGAAUUCUUUGGCAGAGGGGAGAACAGUACAUGCUCGCAUGAUUAAAACCGGAUACAAGCCUCGCAGUUUUGUCGGAAACCGUUUGAUUGAUAUGUAUUGUAAAUGUGGAAGCAUGGUGGAUGCACGCCAAGUAUUUGACAGAAUGUUUGUUAGAGACGUAGUUGCCUGGACUAGCAUGGUUGCAGGAUAUGUCAGAUGCGGGGAGAUAGACCAAGCACGCCAAAUGUUUGAAGAUAUGCCCGAACGAGACGUGGUUACUUGGAAUGCACUGAUUUCAGGGUAUUCACAUCAUGGCCAUGGGGAUGUGGCCAUACAACUGUUUUGCCAAAUGCAACGGAUGGGUUUCAAGCCAGAUCGCUAUACCUUCACUGGAGUCAUUGCAGUAUGCGCUAGUUUGGCAAAUGAGUUGCUGGGCAGUCAGGUCCAUGCUAAAAUUAUUAGAUUAGGAGUAGACUCCUGCACUUCAAUAGCCAAUGCCCUUGUUGAUAUGUACGGUAAAUGUUUCUGUACCGUAGAGGCGCGCCAAGUUUUUGACAAAAUGCCAGACCGAGACGUAGUCUCAUGGGCUACCAUGAUUGCUGGCUAUGUCAAAUGCGGCGAUAUAGAAAAUGCUCGCUUGGUGUUUGACAAUACACCAGAGCAGUAUGAGGUUGCAUGGAAUACAAUGAUAGCAGGUUAUUGUCAACAGGGCAACAAUGGGGAUGCAUUGAAACUUUUUAGGGAGAUGUAUCUGGCAGGCCUAAAGCUGGAUUAUUUCACAUACACAAGUGUGAUAAGUGCAUGUGCAAACCUUUCAGCUGUGGAAUGUGGCAAGCAGAUCCAUGCCUACGUUGUCAAAACUGAAUUAGACCGCCGUGUAUCUAUUGAAAAUGGUCUUUGUUCCUUUUAUGCCAAAUGUAGCAACAUAAGCAAUGCACGCUACAUAUUUGACAAAAUCUCCGAGCCAGAUGUAGUUUCUUGGAAUGUAAUGAUAACAGGGUAUGUCAAUCAGGGUAUGCUAGAGGAUGCACAAAAAAUGUUUGAUAAAAUGCCAGAGCGCAGUGCUUUGUCUUGGACUUUAAUGAUAGCGGGAUAUGCACAAUAUGGUCAUGGCGAGCUGUCUUCAAAAUUGUUUUGUCAAAUGAGACAUGGAGAAGUGAAGCCCAAUCAUUUCACCUUUGCUGGUGUUCUUAGUGCUUGCUCAAGUCUAGCUGCUCUGGAACAUGGAAAGCAGGUUCAUGCCCAAGUCGUUCAGAUUGGUUUUGAACCGUCCAUCUCUGUAGGAAAUGCUCUUGUUACCAUGUAUGCUAGAUGUGGCCUUAUAGAAGGUGCGUACCGAGUAUUUGAAGCAAUGCCUGAGCUAGACCCCAUCUCAUGGAAUGCAAUGAUUGCUGGAUAUGCCCAACACGGCCAUGGUAAUAAGGCAUUACUACUCUUUGAACAAAUGCUAUCAAUAGGUAUAAGGCCUGAUCGAAUCACCUUCCUUUGUGUACUAUCAGCCUGCAGCCAUGCAGGCUUAGUGGAAGAAGGAUGGAAAUACUUUGAUUCCAUGACUCAAGUAUAUGGUGUUCCCCCUGGAACAGACCAUUAUGCACACAUGAUUGACCUUCUUGGACGUGCUGGGUGCUUGGAUGAGGCAGAAAACUUGAUCAAUACAAUGCCAUUGGAACCUGAUAGUAGUGUUUGGGAGGCCUUGCUUGGGGCUUGUAGAACCCACGGCAAUGCGGUUCUAGGAAUGCGUGCAGCAGAACACCUUUUUAAUAUGGAACCACGAAAUACAGCAACAUAUGUACUUCUGGCCAAUAUGUUUGCUGCCGCUGGAAGGUGGGAAGAAGCAGCUAAGGUGAGAAAAGCUAUGAAAGACAAGGGAGUGAAAAAGGAGCCAGGAUGCAGCUGGAUUGAGGUGAAGAGCAGAGUACAUGCAUUCUUGGCAGAUGAUGUAUCACAUCCACAAGCACUGGAAAUAUAUGCUACAUUGGAUAGACUAGUAGUACAGAUGAGGCAGGCAGGUUAUGUGCCUAACACAAAUUUUGUCCUGCAUGAUGUGGAAGACGAACAGAAGGAGCAUUCUCUAUCUAACCAUAGUGAAAAGUUGGCCAUUGCAUUUGGUCUCAUGAGUACUCCUAGUGGCACAACAAUCCGAAUAAUAAAAAAUCUCCGAGUGUGUGGUGACUGUCACACAGCCAUUAAAUUUAUCUCCAAGAUUGUUGAACGUGAGAUUGUUGUGAGAGAUGCCAAUCGUUUCCAUCAUUUCAAGGAUGGAUUGUGUUCUUGUGGGGAUUAUUGGUGAUGCCAAUUUUUCAGUCUCCUCUUCAAAGAAGGGCACUGUAUGAUAUCUGGUUUAUGUAAUCAGUUCUCUGAAGAAUAAUAAGCAUAGUUAUCAUGUGCUUAAUUUGGUGUAUUCUUCAAUGAAUUUAGGCAGACAUAUAGAUCUUGCUACCAUCACAAGGCAUCUAUACAGAGCAUUUAGAAGGAAUUAUUCGGAGAACAUGCUCAAGUCAAGAGGGUGGCGUAAUAGGAUGCUGCUGCUUUUGUUCUCUAAGAUGACAUAUGCAGUAUGUUCUAUUUUUUGUCAUUGAAUGGUUUAACUGGAUUUUGAUGUGCCACAUGUGAGCAUCAACUCUGGAAAAUGUGAACAUGCUUUUAUAAUUGGUUCUCAAGAUUGUAUCACAUCCCUCUGUCAAACUUUAUUGGGUUUCUAGACAUUGUAUUCUUUUUAAGGUGAUCGAAUGGCGUUCAAGAGUUCCUUUCAAAGAUCAUUCAGAAGAGUGUGCUAAGUACUCCUAAAGUGUAGAUACAACUGGAAACUUGUGCAGUUGCGAUGUCCGUCUUUUCUAAGAAAGUUCUGAAUAGGGUGGCCCAAAACCCCACUCGGAUUAUCAUAAUUCAUGCUUUACCCUUUAUUUAUAUUGGCUAUACUUAGGAUUCUAUGCAGUAUUUGCUCUGCCUAACCCAGAGUUGAUGCUUGAGGGGUAUUGCAUUGUCACUUACUUUGGAAAAAUGUAGCAAGAGAUCUAUACGCUAUGAUCUAUGCAGAUUGCUGAAAUUUUCUGAUAUGAGAGGUUGUGAUAUCAGAGGUAUUAAUCUGAGGUGAAAUAAAAUGAGAACCAGCUCUCCCAAGCUUGUUAUUUGUAUCCAUGAUGUAUUGCACAAGUCUAUAGUUCAUGAUGAGAGAGUUGCAGGCACUCUUCACUUAUUUCCUUUUGUGAACUGGGAGUGUAAAGCAUGAAGAUCAUUGUGAGGUUGGAUUAAUGAUGGAACAGGAAAGAACUUUAUCCA